AUGGUAAAACAAAAUGAUGAGGCCAAGAAGGCAGUAAAGAAGGCCAGCAAAAUCAUCUCGCCAGUUGAACAUUACAAGUGUGUUCCGUCAAAGGUUCAAACGUCCGAUGGGUUAGUUGCGUUUUUUAUGCCAUGUGUAAUUCUUCUACCACGUGGUAUGAAAUGAUUUCCUCCUUUUAGAGAAGCCUUGAAACUCGAAUAUUUUUGGUCGACCCAUCUGAGCGACUCUCAAAGAACCUGGAUUUUCGACCUUUUCGACAAAAAUAUGGAGGAAAUGUAUCGGAAGUCGGAAUGGGGAUACGAAGAGAACUCGAAGAAGGCCGAGUUGUUUGCCACCACUUCUAGAUACAUAAUUGUCACGUCUGCCAAGGGAGAACACAUUGCAUAUAUGCAUUAUCGCUUCGUGAUUGAAGUCGAAGAGCCAGCUUUAUACAUCUACGAGCUUCAAGUCGAGCAGGCGUAUCAAAACAAAGGAGUGGGGACUUUAUUGAUCUCAAUCGUGGAAUUAGUAGCCAAAAGGUCAGUGUUUUCUCUUAAAGUUUGAUUCAUGAAUUUAUAAGUAAAUCCCUUCAGGUGGCGUAGGUUUAUGGUAUAUUCAUUAGAAUUUCUACGCCUUUUUGUGUAAUUAUGCCUUGAAAUAGUAAGCGCGGAGAAUUACUUAAAAUUUUUUCCUUUUCAGAGCCAACAUGAAGAAGUUGUUCGCCACCGUAUUCACUUACAAUACCAAUUCUCUGGCCUUUUUCCGCAAAAACAAAUUCGAGCCGGAUGAGAAUUAUCAAGAUGUGGAGAACGAGCACGAUUAUUACAUCCUGAGUAAGAAGACGACAUUGGUCGAAGAUUAA